CUUUGGCUUCCCGAGAGAGAGAGAGAUAAGAUUUGCUUUGCAUUCAUCUUUCUCUCUCGCCGCCCUCAAUAUGCUACGAUUUCGAUUCACCUCUUCCUCUUGAUUUUUCUUCUUCUCUUUGCUGCCGAGAGGAAAAGGGAAACAAGGUUUAAGCAAGAGACGCGGCCAGGUCACAGAGGAUUCUAUCCAGAGCUAACUCUCUCUAGCUAUACAUCCAUUCCCUUUUCUGAUGGACGCCGCGUUGCCGGAAAACGCCGUGGUAGCCGGUGGUGCGGUUAUGGGAGAUUAUGGGUUUAGUGUGGAUCCUUUUUUGGUUGAGGCUUUGCAGAACCCUCGCCAUCGUCUCACGAUUCUGCGGAUGGAACUUGAUGUUCAAAGGUUCUUGCAGAACCCUGAACAGCAGCAGUUUGAGUUCCAGCAUUUUCCUACCUCGUAUCUUCGUCUUGCUGCCCAUCGUGUUGCUAACCACUAUGGACUAGUCACAGCGGUUCAAGACAGUGGUGCAGAUGGUAAUGAAAACAGAAUCCUUGUGACCAAAACAACAGAGAGCAAGUUUCCUGCUGUUCGGUUGUCUGAAAUCCCAGUGGCUAAACCAUCAGAAAAUGGUAAAUUUGAGCGCAUGAAAGUUUCAAUCAAGACUCGAACUUCUAAUGGAUCUGGCACUGGUGAACUAGAAAAAAAAUGUGGUCCUUUUAGAAGUGUUGAAGAGAGGAAAGAAGAAUAUGACAGGGCUCGAGAACGGAUAUUUAGUGGUCUUAAUUGUGAUGACUCUUCAUCUGAAAGUCCGGUGUAUGGGAGGAAUGCAAGUCUUAACAAAGAUGACAAGCAAGAAUCUAAGAAUGCUUACGUUGAGGUUGAGAGGAACUUAAGCCUCAGAGAAAGUGGUCCAACAUCUCGCGUUGCAAUAUUUAGAGACAGAGAGAAAGAUCGGUUUGACCCUGAUUAUGACCGAAGACACGAUAGGUACAUUAGGAGCCUUCCGGUGAAUCAGAAUUUCAAUUUACCACCCUUCAACAUUCAGCAAAUGCCUACACCAUACUACGAAAUGGGAUUCACUGGAUACAACCAAAUUCCAAGUACUCCUGCUUUUCUUGGCUUCAGGCCACCUUCAAGCUCUAUCACAAGUCCCUAUGGCACCACAAUUUUAAACCAUGCUUCAAGGGAUGCAAUGUAUAUGCAGUGGCCCAAUGCAGCUAUGCUGUAUGCUCAUCCGUAUGAACAGUUCAUGAAUGCUUCUCUUCAGCCACAGUUCUGCAGUCAACAACCAAUGAGCUUCGACUACAUGCGGAACCUGUAGGGGUUGUCUCUUUGCCAAUCUUUAUCUUUACCAGUUUUUUUCUAGAAUCUAGGGACUCCCCUAGUAGGGACUGUUGUAAUGGAAAUUUUGAGUUGUAAUGUCAGAAUUCAGAUUAAAGAUACCUUUCUUUCUUUUUU